AUGAACAAGAACAAUGCUGGCGAGUUGCUUCUUGAGGCUCGAUGCAACAAUCUAUCUCCUCUCACUUAUGGGCAGCGGAAAGAUCUUAAUCAACUGGUUGAUCAAGCCUUUCUUAGCAAAUAUCUGCGCCAGCAGCCACAGCUGAUGGUGCGCUAUUUGACGCGUGCAACGACAUUCGGUCUGAAUUACGUCGAUCGACAUGUCAAUUCACUAAUUUCCGCCAUGACCCUUCGCCCUGGACAGCUGGCCAAGGAGGAGACGAGUUCAUUAGCCGGACAUGAUCAACGCUCCGGCCAAUCAGUGGACGGACUUGCUCGAAAACUGGCAGUCUACGCAUUGGGACCAAGUACAAAACUGGCGAAACUGAAGAAUAUGUAA